CGAGUAACCGUGACAAAAUGAAACUGUUCCUUGUAGCGUCCUUUGCACUUAUCGCCUUCGUAUCAGCCACCCCCGCGGGCAAGGCAAAUCUGGCUUUGUCGCACGUUCAGGAAGACCUACGUAAUGCCCGUACAUAUCUCCUAGUCGAAAAAGAGCCAGAAGUGUACGUGGUGGAGGACUUGGUGAACUCCAAAAUCGAGCUCCAAGCCACCGCCAACGACGCAACCCUCUACCUUUACACCAGAAACAACCAAGAAAACCCCGUGGUACUCAAGGUGCAAGACGCCGCAUCACUGGCCAGCAACCAAUACUUCAGCAACAAAAGGAGCAACGUGUUCAUCAGCCACGGCUGGAACAACGACUACCAAAGCCCCGUCAACAGGCUCAUAACCGCCGCCGUCCUCGAAAAGUACGACGUGAACGUCUUCGUGGUGGACUGGAGCGGACCGGCCAACAAAAACUACCUCACCGCCAAAAACGCCGUGCCGACCAUCGGCCAGGCCGUCGGUGACUUCAUCAACGACCUGAUCUCCAACUACGGCUUCGCCAGCUCCCAGUUCCUCCUGAUCGGUCACAGCUUGGGUGCCCACGUUGCCGGAUGUGCCGGCGCCCGUGUCAACGGCGUCAUCGACACCAUCGUCGGCUUGGACCCGGCCUCCCCGUUGUUCACCAUGGGCAACACCGACAACCGUCUGGACACCACCGACGCCUCCUUCGUCCACAUCAUCCACACCAACGGCGGUCUCCUCGGCUUUUCCGCCGCCAUUGGGCACGUCGACUACUACCCCAACGGCGGAUCCUCACAACCCGGAUGUGGUAUCGAUUUGGCCGGUACUUGUGCGCACAGCAGGUCGUACAUGUACUUCGCCGAGUCCAUCAGGAACAACAAGUUCGUUGCCCGCAACUGCGACAGCUUCAAAAAUUAUUCGAACGGAAAGUGUUCUUCUAACGUCAAAUCGGUUAUGGGUGGAUUCAAAGUUGAUAAAUCGGUUGACGGUGAGUUCUAUCUUGAAACCAACUCGGUCGAGCCUUUUGGAGAGGGUAAAUGUCUUUAGAUAUGUGCGGAUAUGAUAAUUUGAUACAUACGUAUAAACCUGUAAAUAGUGUGUAUUUUAUAAAUACAUUAUCUAUUUAAAUAUUGUGAUGUUAAAAUAUGCAAAUAAAUAAAAUAUUUUAUAUACAUUAUUAAAA